CAGUGACCCCCCUCCCGUGUCCGCUGAACGAUAACGAGAGAGACCCAACCCAGAGAAACUAAAACUUAAUAACCUAACUUGCUCUACAGAAGAGACCGAACAUCUCAGGAUGACAGCAGCGCGUGGUCCUCAGUCCUCCUAUAAGAAGUAUUUUGGUGGGGAAAGGAACAUGAGCCACUCGUCCUCCUACCCUUCCAGCCGACAGCUGUACUCCAACCCGGUGGCGGUGCGCUCCUCUCGGGUCUCUUUCGGUCUGUCCUCCGCCGCUCCGGGGGUCUACGCAACCAGGACCCAGCGGCUCCGCAGCAGCGCCCCGAUGCCCCGGCUGUCCUCCGAAACCCUGAACUUCUCUCUGUCCGACGCCGUGAACUCCGAGUUCAAGACCAACCGGACCAACGAGAAGGCUCAGAUGCAGUCGCUCAACGACCGCUUCGCGAGCUAUAUCGAGAAGGUCCGUUUCCUCGAGCAGCAGAAUAAGAUCCUGCAGGCAGAGCUCGAGCAGCUACGAGGGAAGGGCACGUCCCGAUCCCGCAUCGGGGACCUGUACGAGGACGAGAUGCGCGAGCUGCGGCGACAGGUGGACCAGCUGACGAACGAGAAGGCGCGAGUGGAAGUGCACCGGGACAACCUGUCUGAUGAUAUAGACCGGCUCAGAGAGAAACUGCAGGAGGAGAUGAUGCAGCGCGAGGAAUCUGAGAGUACCAUGCAGAGCUUCAGAGGGGAUGUGGACAACGCAGCUCUGUCUCGUCUGGACCUGGAGAGGAAGGUGGAGUCGCUUCAGGAGGAGAUCAACUUCCUGAAGAAACUACACGAUGAGGAGCUGUUGGAGCUGCAGUCUCAGGUGCAGGUGUCGCAGCAGGUGCAGAUGGACAUUGAUGUGGUGAAGCCAGACCUGACGGGCGCUCUCAGGGACGUCCGCUCUCAGUACGAGAACCUGGCCUCCAAGAACAUGCAGGAGUCCGACGACUGGUACAAGUCUAAGUUUGCUGACCUGACUGAUUCUGCAGCCCGUAACAACGAGUCUCUACGGAUUGCUAAGCAGGAGGCUAAUGACUACAGACGCCAGGUGCAGGCACUCACCUGUGAGAUCGAUGCCCUGAAGGGAAGCAAUGAGUCUAUGGAGCGACAGAUGAGGGAGAUGGAGGAGAACUUCAGUAUGGAGUCGUCUGGUUACCAGGACAACGUCAGUGGUCUGGAGGAGGACAUUAGGAACAUGAAGGAUGAGAUGGCCAGACACCUCAGAGAAUACCAGGAUCUCCUCAAUGUCAAGAUGGCUCUGGACAUAGAGAUAGCUACCUACAGGAAACUACUGGAGGGAGAGGAGAGCAGAAUCACCUCUCCAUUGCCAAACUUCUCCUCCUUAAACCUGAGAGAAACCAUGAUGGAUUCCAGACCCAUGGUUGAAACCACAAUGUCCAAAAAGGUUCUGAUAAAGACGAUCGAGACCAGAGAUGGACAGGUGAUCAAUGAGUCCAUGAACCAUGACGACCCCAUCGAUGUCUUCAACUAGAGACCAGCCAUCUACAACACAGAAAAACAUAGAUGAUAUUUGUAUCUAGAUUCUAUUUCUGUAACCCGCAGCCAUAAACAAUAUAUCUGUCUGUUAUAUAUCUGGAUUAUGUUUCUGGACCAUUCCCCCAGACAGGACUACCUACCCACGGUAAACAACCAGACAGGACCACCUACCCACGGUAAACACUCUGACAGGACUACCUACCCACGGUAAACAACCAGACAGGACUACCUACCCACAGUAAACAACCAGACAGGACCACCUACCCACGGUAAACACCCUGACAGGACUACCUACCCACGGUAAACACCCUGACAGGACUACCUACCCACGGUAAACAACCAGACAGGACUACCUACCCACGGUAAACACCCUGACAGGACUACCUACCCACGGUAAACAACCAGACAGGACCACCUACCCACGGUAAACACCCUGACAGGACUACCUACCCACGGUAAACACCCUGACAGGACUACCUACCCACGGUAAACAACCAGACAGGACUACCUACCCACAGUAAACAACCAGACAGGACCACCUACCCACGGUAAACACCCUGACAGGACCACCUACCCACGGUAAACACCCUGACAGGACUACCUACCCACUGUAAACACCCUGACAGGACUACCUACCCACGGUAAACACCCUGACAGGACCACCUACCCACGGUAAACACCCUGACAGGACUACCUACCCACGGUAAACACCCUGACAGGACUACCUACCCACGGUAAACACCCUGACAGGACCACCUACCCACGGUAAACACCCUGACAGGACUACCUACCCACGGUAAACACCCUGACAGGACUACCUACCCAUGGUAAACACCCUGACAGGACCACCUACCCACGGUAAACAACCAGACAGGACUACCUACCCACGGUAAACAACCAGACAGGACUACCUACCCACAGUAAACACCCUGACAGGACUACCUACCCACGGUAAACAACCAGACAGGACUACCUACCCACGGUAAAUACCCUGACAGGACUACCUACCCACGGUAAACAACCAGACAGAACUACCUACCCACAGUAAACACCCAUCCAAACCUGCUUCAAGUGUCUUGUUACUGUGUGAGCCUGCUAGAAUAUUCCACCUGUUGUGAGCUAGACGUUAGGGCUGAGACUGUUAUUCUAGGACAUGUUUGCACUACUUCUAGGUGGUGGACAGGGAGAGAAGAGAGAGAGGGAAUGGAGAGACUCUAGAGUCGACAGAAACAUUACAUUUGUCGUCACAGCAAUAUUUUGUUAACUCUGUAAAAACCAGUCAAUGUUACCAGAUACAAUAUAAUUAUUUGUCUGAAUGAACCAGCUGGCCUGUCCUUCACGGCCUGUCCUUCACGGCCUGUCCUUCACGACCGGUCCUACAUCUGUCAGUCUGGCGGAAGAGCAACACAUGAAACACUGUUCAUCUAAAGAACAAUAAAACUGGCAGACAGACA